AUGAGUGAUAAUGAAAGUUUUGCAUCCAUAGAAAUUGUAAAUGAUGAUCAUUUUAAAGGAAUGCAAAAUAAUGAGAAUUUGGAUCAAUUUUUAGAUUAUGAUAUAAAUUGUAUAAAGGAAACCGACAAAUAUAAAUACAUAGGUCCUGAUAUAAUACAAAGAAAAGAUUUAUUUCAAAUUAAUCUUGGGCAAAUUCAAUUUAUAAAUCAAAAAAAUGUUAAAUAUCACAACAUCAUAUUAAACAAUAAACAUAAUGAAGCCGAUAUAUUUAUAAAUAUAAAAAAAGAAUUAUUCAAUAUAGCAUAUAAAAAUCAUUGUAAUAAAAUUAAAGGAAUUACAGCAUCUGGGGAUAUUAACCAAAUAAAAGAUAAAAAUGAAAAAAUAAAAAAUGAUAAUGAAAAUAAAAAAGCAUAUGAUUUAUCAAAUAAUGAUUUUAGUAGUGUAUUUAGUAAUAAAAUUGAAGAUACUUAUAAUGAUAUAAAAAGUAGUGUAAAUUGGUUAGGGAAUUUUUUUUCCAAUUCUGAGCAAAGUAAUGAAAAAGAAAAAAUAAAUAUUUUUUAUAGUGAUUUGUAUUUUUUAAAUGAUAUAACUAUUUUACGAUUUUUAAAUACAUAUAAUUAUAAUAUAAUAAAAACAUUAAAUAAAUUAAUCAAAUUCAUUUUAUGGAGGCAAUUAACAAUUACUAGUUUCAACAAUAAUAAUAUACAUAAGGGUGCAAAAUUUUCAACAGCUAGUAAAAAAAAACUUAGUAAAAUGUCAAGAAAAAUUGAAGAAAAUUCAAAUAAAAUAAUGUCUAAUAAUAAUUAUAGUAAUAGCGUUUUUAUAAAUCCAGAAAAUAUUAAAGAAAUAUUAUUAAAAACAAAUAUUUUUCGAUGUGGUUUUGAUAAAAAAUCAAGACCAAUGCUGUAUAUAAAAAUACAAGAAAAAUUGAAUAUGAAAGAAGAUGAAUUAUUUUUAUUAUUAGUAUAUCAUGUAGACAUGUGUAUGAAUAGUGUAGAUUAUAAAAAAUGUUAUAAAACUGAAAAAUCUAACACUAAUGAUAUAACAUAUGAUAAUAAAAACGAAUUUGACGAAACUACUUUACAACUUGUGAUUGUAGUUGAUUGCCUUAAUUUUGAAUUAAAUAAUAUGAUAAGUAUAGAUUGUAUAAAAAAAAUAAUAAAUAUAUUUAACGAAUUUUAUACUGAUAUUUUAUACAGAAUAUAUAUUAUUAACAUCCCAACAUUUUUUAAAAAAGUAUGGUCCUUAUUUAAUAUGUUUAUAGAUAAUCAUACUCUUAAAAAAAUUAUAUUUAUAAAUAAAAAAAAUAUAAAUUUAAUGUAUGAUCAUAUUGAUACUAAUGUUAUGAAAAAUUUUGACAAUAAUUUCGAAAAUAACCAUUCCGAACAUGAAUCUUUAAUUUUUUUUCCUUCAAAUUCUUUGUAUUAUAAAUAUGAUGAAAGCUAUUUCAAAAAUCUUUUUAGCUACGUUAAUAUAUGGGUUGAAAACAUGAUAAUUCUUAACCAUUGA